AUGCUCUCCCUUCUUUUCCUGUUUCUGGUGCUGGAGCUUCUCCUGUCUGUGGGUCAUAAAGAAACUGGUCUCUGCUCACUGGAAAGAGAUUUAGAUCCCACCUACUACAAGGAUGGAGAUUAUAUUGUGGGGGGAUUUUUCCCUUUAUUUAUAUAUGAAGUGGUCAUGGAAGACAGGUGGAAAUAUUUUGAGUCUCAUCCUAACAAUUUUUUGAAAAAUUACCAAUUUCAGGAAAAGCACUACUAUCAAGUCCUGGCCUUGGUGUUUGCUGUAAAGGAGAUCAACAAGGACCCCAACCUGUUACCUAAUACUACUCUUGGAUUCAACAUCAUUGACACCCACAUCAGUGAUGUCAGAACCUUGGAGAGCUCCUUAAUGUUGUUGUCAGGACAAAGACUGGCUGUUCCAAAUUACCAAUGUGAGAAGCAAGGAAAAUCCUUGGCUGUCAUUGCAGGACCCUAUUCUGAAUUGUCAGUCAAAAUCACUACCAUGCUUGAGCUCUACAAGUUUCCACAGAUAACCUGUGGCCCAUUUGACCCAAUUCUGAGUGACAAGGUCCAUUUUCCAAGUGUUUAUCAACUAGCACCUAAGGAUUCCAAACUUGCCCUGGGAAUGGUCCAAUUACUGGUGCAUUUCAACUGGACAUGGGUUGGACUGUUAAUAACAGACAAUGCCAGGGGUGAAACAUUCCUCUGGGAUAACAGAGAAGAGAUGGCCAGGAAAGGUGUCUGUCUGACCUUUAUGCUUAAGAUUCCCCCCAAUGAGAAUUACAGUCUUUUUCCCCAUUCUGAAGUCAUGGGAAUACUUCAUGCAACUUCUGCCAAUGUAAUCAUUUUUUAUGGGAGUGAUAAUGUAGUUUUUGAUUGGGAAUUUGAAAAAGAAGAUUACUUGAGUUAUAAUAAAGUGUGCAUUACCACCUCUCAAUGGGAUUUUAGCAUGAGACCCAAUACCCUGCUUGUUGAAAGUUUCAGUAAAAGUCUGAUCUUUUCAAGUCAGAGGAAAGAGAUUCCAACUUUCAUACCUUUCAUGAGGGCAAUUAAACCUGCCAAAUACCCAGAAGAUAUUUUCCUUAAAACAUUUUGGAGCUUAUUUUUUCCAUGUCCACUUAAUGAAAAACAAUGGAAGGAAGAGGAUUGUUCAAUAAACACAUCUUUAGAGAUGCUGCCUUUGCGGAAUUUUGACAUGUCUAUGUCUAGCCGCAGUUACAACAUCUACAAUGCUGUGUAUGCUGUGGCCUGGGCUCUCCAACAAAUGCUCUUAAUUAGAUCAGAAAUGUAAUACACAAAAGAUGAAGGCAGACUAGUUCUAUAUCCCUGGAAGCUGCACUCCUUUCUUAGAAACAUGCAGUUUAACAACAAUGCUGGUGACCAGGUGUCCAUGGAUCAGAAAAGGAUUCCCAUGGCAAACUAUGAUAUUAUCAAUUUUGUAAACUUUCAUAAUGGUACUGAAGUGCUGGUGAAAAUGGGAGAGUUUAAAUCUCAUGUUCCCUUUGGUGAAGAUUUUUCCAAUCAUGAAAAUGUCACAAUGUGGAAUGAAUUUUAUAUAAAGACCCUUCACUCUGUGUGCAGUGAGAGCUGUGGACCUGGAUAUAGGAAAUCUCCCUGUGAGGGACAGGCCAUCUGCUGCUUUGACUGUAUCCCCUGCCCAGUGGGGGAAAUUUCUAACCAGACUGAUAUGGACCAGUGCAUCAAGUGUCCUGAAGAUGAAUAUUCAAACAAGGAGAGAACUCGCUGCCUUCACAAAAUGGUGAAAUUUCUGGCCUAUGAGGAACCCCUGGGCAUGACUCUGACCUACACAGCUCUGACCUUCUUUCUCCUGACAGUUAUGAUCACUGGGGUCUUUGUGAAGCAUCAGGACACCCCCAUAGUGAAAGCCAAUAAUCGAACUCUGAGCUUCCUCUUGCUUCUCUCUUUAAGCCAGUGCUUCCUAUCUUCAUUGCUCUUCAUUGGGAAGCCUACCUCAACCACUUGUCUCCUUCAACAGACAAUAUUUGGAAUCACAUUCACAAUGGCCAUCUCCUCCAUUCUGGCCAAAACAAUCACAGUAGUUCUAGCUUUCAAAGCCACAAGACCAGGGAGCAGGAGUAGAAAAUGGGUGGGCUCCAGAGCACCAAUUUCUAUUAUUCUUAACUGCUGCCUGAUCCAGGUGAUUCUCUGUGGUAUCUGGCUCUUGGUUUCUCCUCCAUUCCCAGAUGCUGACUCACACUCUGAACCUGAACACAUCAUUCUUAAGUGCAAUGAGGGCUCUCUCAUUGCCUUCUACUUUGUCCUGGGCUACAUGGGAUUGCUGGCUUUGGGGAGCUUCACUGUGGCUUUUUUGGCUAGAAAUUUGCCUGACACCUUCGAUGAAGCCAAGUUUAUCACCUUUAGCAUGCUGGUAUUCUGCAGUGUCUGGGUGUCCUUCCUCCCCACAUACCAGAGCACCAAGGGGAAAAUUAUGGUAGCUGUAGAAGUCUUCUCCAUCUUGAGCUCUAGUGCUGGCUUACUGAGCUGCAUCUUUAUUCCCAAGUGCUAUGUGAUCCUUCUGAGGCCACAGUGGAACACUCAGGAAUGGGUAAAUCAUAAAUCCUAUGCCAGGGGAAAACAUCAUUCUAAAGCAUUCCCUCAUGCCUCCUAG